AUGAUUAUCUACAAAGACAUCAUCAGUGGCGACGAGAUUGCCUCGGAUACCUCCAAGAUCAUCGACGCAGGCAAUGGUUUGUGGGAAAUUGACGGCAAAAUGAUCAAGAAGGGCGCCGAAAACUUUGUUCUCGAGGGUGCCAAUCCAUCUGCUGAAGGCGAAGAUGCUGAAGAGGGCGGUGGUGAUGGCGGCGACAACCAGCCAGUACUUGACCUGGCCGAUCAGUUCAGACUGCAAAAGAUGGAGGGUGGUAUGUCCAAGAAAGCAUACCAAGGUGAACUCAAGAAAUACAUGAAGGCUCUUACGGAGAAGUUGAAGGAGAAAGGCACCAGCGAGGAGGAUAUCAAGAAGUUCCAGUCCGAAGCACCAGCGGCAGCCAAGAAGAUCCUGGCCAACUGGGAAAACUACGAUAUCUACCAGGGUGAAUCGAUGGAUGAGAAUGGCAUGUAUGUGCUGGUCGACUUCCGCGAGGAUGGUAUGACUCCUUAUGCCACCGUUUGGAAGUGGGGAUUGGAAGAAUACAAGGUGUAA